AUGAAGGCGAGCCUCCCCUCUGCCUCGCCUUCUGCCAACAUCACCCACUCUUAUACUCCCCCCGUCUCCCUCACGACUCCAGUCACGAAGCUUCGCUCCACGAUCCAGACAACAGCUACCCCCACCUUCAAGGACGAUCUAUUUGCUCCCGUUUCUCGUCCUCCCGCCAUCAAAGACGCCCUUGGUUGGUUCUAUCCAACGGACGACGACCAGGACCCAAGUUUUGAGCAUUGGAAUUUCUCCGCUCCAGAUACCGCAGUUCACCUUAGUACCCUUCAUCGCCCAUUCCCAACCUUUCAGAAGAUAUCCGCCGCCAUGCCUCCUCGCAGUACCGACUUCAACGACCACAGCGUACCCAAUGGCCGACGCUGGAUGGUGAAUGGCAGCGGCCAGUACAUCGACUCUGGCGCCGAGGCAAACGCAUGGGGCCUUGCGGAUGAGAUUGGCCGCAUGAAGAUCGGUGAUGUCACCUCCGACACCGACGAACCCCGCGUACCCAUUCAUACGCCCCCCAAAUCCAAGCUGGCUGCUGCAGCCGUUGCACAGAUCAACGAGUCAAGUCCGUUGGAUUCGUCUUCCUCGAGCACCAGCGUCGGCUCUUCUCCGCACGUCCCUGACCAUCAAAUAUCCCAUUCUCGGGGUUCCUCAGCCGACACCACCCUUUCCAGCUCUCGCGACUCCAUUACAGGCAACGCACUCCUCUCGCACCCUCCUUUGAAAAAUGCGCCCGCGGAAGCAAAAGAGAGGCCGCAUUCGUUCAGCGGCGGUCUUUCAAGUGCCGAUCUCCGUCGUUUGCAGCAAGUGGGCGAUGCCGAUCAUGAUCGACAACUCCAGCAACAACAGCAGUGGGCACAGAAUCAAUAUCGUGACCCGAAUUCCGAGCAGCUGUCUUAUCCAUCCCUCGCUACUCAGGUCCAUCGUCCUAUUCCCCAGCAACAAUUUAAUUUCCCCCCUAACACUCAGAUAAACCACCCCAAUGAGCUUGAUCGUGAAGAACCCCAACUAGAGUACAAUAGCCCUCAGCAACAGCGGUCGUUUGCCCCUGUACCACCUCAUCUCAAUCAUGCACCAGUAAUGCCCCCCCUCAAUCCUGCGACGCCACCCCAAUUCGUUCAGAGCCGCCCUACAAAUGCCAUUCCGGCGAUGAACUAUCGUCAGACGCCGCGAAACUUCGCUCCGCCGCAAGGCCCGACCCCGACACUUGGUUACAACGGUGGUCACCACACGUCACACCUUUCCCUAGGCAAUACGCAGCAACUCUACGAGAUGAUGCUUCCUCUUCCUCAUGACAAUCACCACCCCGCUGUAACCCGCGUCCAGCAGCAGCACAACGUCUUCCGUGCUACUCACCACCACUCGGCCUCGGAUCCCUCCGCUAUUCGUGAUGCCGCCGCUCUAGCUCUGCUCAACAACAGUAUGCAAGGCUUCGCCACCCCUAAUAUGUUCCAGCCUGGAAUGCCCCCUGCGAUGCAGUUGUAUCCGAGCCAGUAUUAUAGCGCCCAGGAUAUCGCAGUUCAGCAGGCGGCCAUGGCUGCCCGUCUUCAGGCACAGUAUACCGGCCCUUAUGGCGUCGCUGCUGCUGCAACCCCAGCCCUGCCUCUAGAUGGAGGCAUCGGUAGCCCAACGAGCUCGAGUGGUCAACCUGGGCCCAGCGCCAACAACAGGAAGUUAGGCUUGUACAAGACCGAAUUGUGCCGCAGCUGGGAGGAGAAAGGGUCAUGUCGUUAUGGCGCGAAAUGCCAGUUCGCCCAUGGCGAGGAUGAGCUUCGGAAAGUUUCAAGGCAUCCUAAGUACAAGACCGAGAUUUGCAAAACGUUCUGGGUUUCCGGAUCGUGCCCCUAUGGCAAGAGGUGCUGCUUCAUUCACACUGAGCUAUCAACUGCGACAACACCUGGUACUGGCGGCUCGGAUAACGCACCUCCUCAGCCCCAAGUAGAUGGUAGAGAACGUUCCAACAGCGAUACGGAUGCGUCGUCGACCGUCUCGCUCCUCACUCGCAUUUCACAACGCAACCAGCAACAAGAGACACCCGGAAGCUCCGCCGCCACUCCCGUCGACAUGAGCUCUACUAACGGGUUCCAAUUCACCCGCCCGCCUACUGGCUCGCUGAGAGUGGAUACCUCAGCCUUGGAUGGUGCCUCAAUCAAGCAGAAUAAGUCGGCGUACCCCUCUUUCGCGAGCAACGGCAUUCUCUUGCCGGCGACGGACCAUAUCGCGACCAAGUCACCUGCACCGGUCACUGCUGGCCCCGACCUAGGAAGACAGCAUCUUGCACGAAUGGAGAUUGUUGGCUAUCCAAACCAUCAGAAAAAGAACAGCACCUCUUCGACUUCGAACGCUAACCCUCGUCAUUCCUUCAGCGGGUCGGACGGUGAUUUGAGCUUCAGCCCGUCGCCGCCUGCCACCGGUCAUUCGUAUGGCCUCUCUUCUGCCGGCGAGACCAGCACGUCGCAGCCGACGCCCACGAGGGUGAAUGGACAUGUCCGCGCAGGAAGUGCAGGCAACUGGGCCUCGUUUUCUCGCAACAGCCAUCUCUCGACCUCGACUUCGGCCUACCCGCACGGCCCAAGCCCUGCCGGUGAGAUCAUGUCGAACUCGCCCUGGUCGAGCACCGAGCUCGCGGUUGGUUCCUCGCGCCUGCAUGAGAAGGCUUGGGCUUAA